AUGACUGAAGCAGCAGGUGCCGUCAUCGGCAUCAACUUUGGCCACUCGUACUCUUCGAUCGCCUGCAUCAACCAACACGGCCGUGCCGAUGUCAUUGCCAACGAAGACGGCGAACGUCAACUCGCCACCCGCAUUGCAUUCAACGGCGACCAGGUCUACCUCGCCAACCAGGCCACCCCGCAACUCAUUCGCAAUGCGCCCAACGUCAUUGACAACUUUGUUAACCUGCUCGGCCGUCCCUUCUCCUCGCUCUCCGAGUCGGAAAAGAAGCGCGCCUCGGCUGCCGUCAUCGACGUCAAGGGUGCUCCCGGCUUCAAGGUCGAGAUCGACGGCACCGAGACCACGUUUAGCGUGCACGAUGUUGCUGUCCGAUUCCUGCGCAGUCUGUUUGUGACCGCCAAGGAUUUCCUUUCGGGUGUCCCUAUCGCCGGUGCAGUACUCAGCGUGCCCCAAUGGUUCCCCGAGGCUCAGAUUGCUGCACUCAAGAAGGCCGCUGAGGAGGCCGGCCUGAUCGUGCUCCAGGUCAUCCCUGCCUCUGCUGCCGCGCUCGCCGCGUACGGUCUUACCAACCCCGCCGGCCCCGGUCAGCUACCCGCCCACCCAGAUGGUGUCGACUCGGCGCCUUACCCCGUCGCCAAGUCGCUCGACCGCAACGUCGUCGUCGUCGACAUGGGUGGCUCCUCCACAGACGUCACCGUCUUCUCGGCGCGCGCCGGCCUCUACACCGCCCUCGGCUACCUCCACGACGCCACCGUGGGCGGCACCACGCUCGACUCGGCCCUCGUCGCCUUUUUCGCAAAGGAGUUUACCAAGAAGACCAAGAUCACCAUCGCCGAGUCCGACAAGCGUGCCUGGGCCAAGCUGCGCAACGAGGCCGAAUUCACCAAGCGUGCCCUGUCCGCGUCCAACUCGGCCACGUGCUCCGUAGAGAGUCUGGCGGAGGGUGUCGAUUUCACGGGCAGUGUGAAUCGUAUGAGGUUCGACAUGUUGGCUGGUGCUGCGUAUGGAAAGGUGGUGGCCGGCGUGGAGAAGGCGUUGGCCCAGGCCGGGUUGGAAGCGUGCCAGGUGGAUGAGGUGGUGCUGGCUGGUGGAAGCGCUAGGCUCACUGGCCUGGCUGACAGGUUGAGCGGGCUGUUUGGCGAUGCGGAGGAGGGCGGGGCUAGCAUUACGGCUUCAAUUGACGCUGACCAGGUGAUUGCUCGCGGAUGCGCGAUCCAGGCUCAGGUCAUCGCUGCUGCCCCAGAAGGCUCCAAGGAGUCGGCGUACAUCCACAAUGUGCCCGCCACCCCCGUGGCCGCCGUCGCCGACCUCAAGGUCGACACCACCUCGGCGCCCCUCGGCCUUGUCCUCGCCGACGGACGAUUUGUCACCCUCAUUCCCGCAUACACCCCCUACCCCAUCCGCCGCUCGUUCCGCUUCCCCGUCGCCGCCGGUGCCGCCAGCGUCGCCUUCACCCUCGACGAGGGCAAGGACGAGGUGCACGUCGAAACCAUCCAGCCAGACGAGGAUGACGAGGUCGACGAGGACGACGAGCCGCUGGAGCCCGAACAGGUCAAGACGGCCGUCACCAAGCCGACGGGUAAGAACAUUGCGCUGUUCGAGGUCAAGACGCCGGGCAAGGGUAAGAGCAAGGUUGAGCUCGAGCUGACGCUGACCAAGCCAGGCAGCCUGGUGGUCGAGGCCAAGGAGCAGGGGUCCAGCGAGGGCGUCAAGCUGGCGCUUUGA